ACAGCUCAGUGAGCAGCGAGGAGGAGGCCGACAUGAGCGAGCCCACAUGGCUAUCAGCUGAUCUGGGAGCAGCGUCCGACCUGAGCCCGCCGAGCCGAGGAGGAGAACGGAUGCACCACAGCCCGCCGGCCGCCCACGCCAAGGACGACGACGAUGAUUCGUCGUCAGAGAGCGGCAGCGGGAACGGCCUUCCCGCUCUGACCCCUCCCUCCUCUGCUGUGAUGGACGGCGCCAUCGUCAGGGAAGCGGAGGUUGUCAACGGCAACGGCGGCCCCGCCCCGCUGGACUUCAGCACGCCGACCUCGUCGUCGUCGUCGUCCGAGGACCAGCAGCCGGUCAACCUGAGCGACGCCCCCCCACAGCGCCUCCCCCUGACCGCCGCCCACCUGCCCGUCACCGUGUCGGCAGCAGCGGCGGCACUGCUGGGCGCUCUGCAUCCCAACGCCCCCGAGGAGCUGCGCAGGAAGUACCCGCUGGCCGCCAAACCGCCGCUGGCGCCGCACCCAGCCCUGCCUCUGACGCACACGCACAACACACAGAUACACAACGCACAGACACACAACACACAGACACACAACCACGAGCUGCGACUGGACCGUGACGGCAGGGACUACAGCGGCAAGUCGCCACCGUACAGCUCCGGUGGCAGCUAUGACAGCGUCAAGAUGGACCUGGGCGCCGAGGACCUGACCAUGGGUCGCCAUGGCAAUCAGGUGGCCCCCGACGACGACGACGAUGACCACGACGAUCACGACGACAACGACAAGAUCAACGACACCGAGGGCGUCGACCCCGAGAGACUAAAGGCCUUCAAUAUGUUUGUACGUCUGUUUGUGGACGAGAACCUGGAUCGGAUGGUCCCGAUCUCCAAACAGCCCAAGGAGAAGAUCCAGGCCAUCAUCGAGUCCUGCAGCAGACAGUUCCCAGAAUUCCAAGAGCGCGCCCGCAAGCGCAUCCGCACCUACCUCAAAUCCUGCCGACGCAUGAAGAAGAACGGCAUGGAGACUCGUCCUACUCCUCCUCACCUCACCUCAGCCAUGGCUGAGAACAUCUUGGCCGCUGCCUGCGAGAGCGAAUCCCGCAACGCCGCCAAGAGGAUGCGCCUUGAAGCCUAUCACGAUGAAAUCUCUCUGGACAAACCGUCCAGCGGGGGCGGCGGCCUGAGGGACCCGCCCUCCCUCGCUCACUCCGCCUACUCGCUGGCUGCCUCCGCCUUCUCCUCCCAGGACACUCAGCUCUACAUCAACGGAGCCGGACUCAGCUACGGUUACCGUGGAUACCCGGGCCUGGGGGCCGCCAUGCAACACCCCGUCUCCCUGACGACCGGCACCACUGCUCAGAGCAAUGGGCCUACAGACCUCAGCAUGAAGUCCCUCUCCUCCGUGAGCAUCACUAACUCCUCCGCCGCCAAUAGCAGCCUCGGGGGGCGGAGCGGCGGCGGCGCGGGAGGGGGCGGGGCCUCCACCCAGCUCAGCCAACCGGAGAUCACGGCCGUGCGUCAGCUGAUCGCCGGCUACCGGGAGUCGGCCGCAUUCCUGCUGCGCUCGGCCGACGAGCUGGAGAACCUGAUCCUGCAGCAGAACUGAUGUGGGCGGAGCAAAACGCCAUCGCACGCCAACACACACACUUCCCUUUAGUGUCCGUCUUCGUCCCACACCUCCUCUUCCUCCUCCUCCUCCUCCUCCUCCGACCCCAGCGAAGGAGCUCCCAGACUCUGAAAGGAUGAAUCUCUUCGCCUCCUCUCGGAAGCACCUCACAAUCAGCAAUGCACUCUGGGAGAUGGAGUGUGGAGGAGGCGAAGAGAAGACGAGGAGGAGGAGGAGGAAGGUGCUCCGUGGAAAAAGACUCCUCCUCCCCCUCCUUCGUCCUCCUCAUCCAGUUUGUGGGUGAAAAGUGGAACUCCAACAGAGCGCUGCAGGAACGAGUCGUUAAACCUGGCACGAGUUUUCAAUCGUUUGGUUUUUGAUUUGAUGGCGGACGUGGCGGUUUAACCCGAUUGGUCAACUCAACCCACAGAAAGGGAAAGCUCCACCCAUAUUAGCGAUGCCAUUAGAAUCGUAUGUUCAUGUCCACGUAGUGAAAAGCAUUGCACUGGUCGAGAACGUGGAACAUCUCAGCGUCGCAGUUCCACCUCCAUUUACAGUAAAAACGUUUUAAAGAGGCGUCCUUGUUACUAUGGCGACACUUUGCGAUACCUAACCUGCAUAAGUACAUCUUUCCAGGGUGGUUCUACAACUAAGUACUUGUGAAAUUAUUUUUAACCCUUAAAGACCUAGAACUGUUUUGGUC